AUGUCAGAUCCAACGACUAUACCAGACAACCUCCACAAUCCAAACGACUUCACUGCUGCCAAUCUCGCAACUACCUUCCCAACCAGCCCGGGAAGGCCUACGCCAAACAGUGCUAAGAAGAGGAGACGAAUGCCAGAUCUCUCGCGACCCACAGCGACCCCUAGUCGCGGCGCACAGAUGUCAAUGAUCUUCCGCGACGCCGCAACCUCAUUGCAGGGUAGCAGAUCACAUACAUAUCCAUCGUGGUCCAACAUCAAGAGGUCCAGAUUACCCCUCUCGCAAGCUCGCAGCAUCAAAUUUGGCAGUACUUGUCAGGACGAUACCAUAGUCUCGUCAGGCCUGGGUCGCUCCCCAAAGAUAAGUCAGUAUCUAGGAGAGUCAUGUGAACCGGGCUGGGCGUCGUCGGAGGUCAGUCGUCAUUGGGCCUCUGGAAUUGGGCCACAUUCUCCGACACCAACACCCUUUACCAAAGCUGGUUGCGCUACCCCUGAGACUCUCACUAAUCAAUGUCUCGGCGAGGCUAUCGACGUUGGCGGUAUGUGUCUUGAUGAUGCGCUGAGGGUCAGCAGCGCCUCUUUACCAUCACAACUCGAAGAAGAGGGCAAAGAGCCCAUCAGCAGCGGGUUUGCAACGCCAAUUGCACCGACUCCCAGUUUUGUCGAGAACCCGGAAGAGGUGAAGUAUCCGAUCUUGGAGAAUUGGCCAUCACUACGGUCUAGCUCUGAUGCAUGUAGUCCUGGCUCUGACAGGGACGACUUACACUCUACUCAUGAUGUACCAUUUAUACUGCCGUUCCCUCAUUCAGAUGCGGAGGAAACACAGCGCUGUCACAUCGACACAUGGCUCAACAGAAUUGUAGAGGCAACAAAAUCUGGACAUUCAAGGUCGCCAAAGCAGUGUUGUAGCACAGAGGAUCUGCUAAUGGAUGACGCUCCGUUUUCACAAAGCAUAGCACCGAAUCUUUCAUCCCCAAAACGACCACGAGUAUCAGUGUCAAACUUGAAGCAAGACUUGCAAUCUCCGUUAGGAGCAUCCAGCAACAAGGAGAAUAUCAGCCCUUCAAAGUCUUCUUCUUCGCCUACACAUCCUCCUGCACAACACCCCCAAGCAUUGACCCCGUCCCACUCUCGCCAGACUCAUUCUCAAGCAACCCUCCAACAUACCAAGGCUCUUCACUUUGCUCACCCUUCAACCCUGCAGGGCCAUCUUAGCCUCCCUCCAAAACGCAAGAGGGCUCGUGUUGACGGGAUUGCCUCCAGCAGGGCGGAGACGGAGAUGUCAACCGCCCGCAGAGACUUUACGAUCCACGAAGACCAACUAGCUGGAGCGCUGGCGCAGCUGAGUCCAGAUGUUGACCGCCAUCGUAGAGGCCGAGGUCCGAAAAGGGAGAGGUGCAUAAGCUACUGGGACGAGGACAUCCUGCAGCCCGGCUCGCAGUGUGUGCCCACGGAUGUGAAUGGUGAGACGUUGGAGAAGGGGAAGCAGGUGUUGGGUGAAUGA